GGCUCCAUUGACGCCUGGGUUAGGGUUUUAUGACGCCAUAUUAGCAGCGCUGCUGCUCCUCGUCCAUUAAGCAUAAUUGAUCUCAUGCCUCCACGCAAAGGACCUAUCUCUAGGAGGAAGGUUGUACCAUCUCCAAACAACUCAGCCUCGGAAGGGCAUGACGACGAGCCCGGACCGGUGAGCUUUAGGGAAGGGUGUCAAGAUGAACUUUGGGACGAAGAAGAGCCAAUUUCAGUGACCGCCGAGCCCCCUGCGAAGAGGUCCAAGACUAGUUACACCCGAUUUAACGAGCCCAAGUUUUUCAAGGGCCAGAGGUACAGCGGUAUGGCCAUCGGGGGAACACAUCACUGGACUUAUGACAGCGGUCAAUGGGUAGAAACCAAGGAAGAGCCUGACCUCUGGAAGAUCAAAUAUGAAGCAAAGAAACACCGGAACCGAACUGCCCCUAAAGGUUCAGGAGCGCCAGUUGGCACUGAGUAUCAUUGGAUAAUCGUUGCGCAUCAGUAUGUUGUUAAGGAAGAUGCGAACACUUACUCGACACGGAUGGAGGGGCACAAGUACAAGCUCGCACAUAAAUCCGUCGGUACGAAUGCUUGGAGCGUGAAUACAGUCAAAGGACAGCGCGAUCGAGAGAUACAGCUACUCGAAGAUUCAAUAGAACGCGUGAAAGGUCUUCCUCCGGUGAUCUCGUCGCAAAAGGUACCAUCCAAAAAGAUGAAAAAUCCUGGACAGAAAACUCUCGACCAAAUAUUUUUUGGAGGUGCCGGUAAGAAGGAACAGCAGCAAGAAGAUAUAAGCAAGGAAGACAGGUCGGGCGAGAGCUAGGGUAGACUACGUAUUACAUAAGCUGUAACGCGGAGUUGAAAUUUGAG